AUGUCCCUGGUCGACAAUGCUCCAUCAGUGAUUGAUGCACGCUGCAGUGGAGAUACCACUAUAAAAAUGCUGUACAACCUCGCUUCACAAUAUAUCAGCAGUCUUGCAGGAUCCCAGGAGCAUCCCAUCGACACACUCAAGGAUUCGUUUGUAUUGCAGCACAGAGAGUACCAACAUCUAGAACAGUUGGUAGCUCAAGGUGCAUCAUUGAGCACCUUGGAGACCGCGAUUGGCUGGGCGAAAGAUCGCAACAAGGAGUUACAGCUGACAGCCGACGCUGGAACCAUUGAAUCUCACCUACUUCGUCGCGGAACCGAAGAGUUCAGCGUUAUCUUUGAAACUACGGUCAACUCUGUCAAGGAAGUCAAAAAACAAGUACUCUACGAAAUGACAUUCACAGAUGAACAGAUGUGCCAAACUGCUAUCGAAAAGGGCAUUGACGUAGCUGGCUAUCACUACCGUGCUCUGCGAUCAUUACCCCCUGAACAACAACUUACGAAAUUGAAACUUUCACACUUACCAACCGGUUUAAAAACCGGUUAUCUUGAGCUUUCGAGCAUCGCUUUUGCAGUUUGGACAUGUGCUCCAUCUAAGCCUGUAUAG